AUGUCGAGUAUUCCACCCACGAUCCACGACGUGAUCAUCGUCGGCGCCGGACCAUGCGGUCUUGCCGUGGCGGCACGAAUCCACGAACAAACGCCUUCAGCGGUUUUCACCGAUGAAGAACACCAAAGAUACCACUGGAUCAAAAAGCACACCGGCAAGAUGAACCUCGUCCAAGCCGGUCGCUGCAAAAAGAACGGCGUCCGGGCCGAGAAGUGGAAUCGCGGGCAAAGAGCAUGUUUGUGCGACGACACGACGAGCUCAAAUAAAUCGGCAUCGCGUCGUGAGUCUGCUAGCUCGAUUUCGUCAGUGCCUUCGUUGUCGUCCGACGCGACGAGCUCAUCCAGCACGUCAAUUUCGAUGCUUGUCUUGGACGGCACGGCAGAUCGAUGGAUGCAGCGGUGGAACAAUGCAUUCCGCACUUUGGAAAUUAAGCAGUUACGCAGUCCAAUGUUUUUCCAUGUGGAUCCUGGUGAUCGGGAUGGGAUGUUGGCUUACACACAAGAAGUUGGAAGAGAGGAUGACUUGUGGGAAAUUUCAGGUUGUGUUGGGAAGGAGAUGAGCAAACACAAGAAAAAGAAGAGGCGUCAGAGUGGAAAGCCCCAAACUCUAGGCGUCGAAAUUGACGAGCGUGAUCGAAAAGACUACUACUCACCUUCCACCGAUCUCUUUGCCGACUACUGCGAAUCAAUCAUCAGACGCUACGAUUUGGAUCAACCGAAUCAAAUCCUCAAAGCUGAGGUGACUGACAUCACAUACGACUAUUUGUCAGAUGGUCUGGAUCUCGCUCCGUCCACUUCCAAAGUCUUCACCAUGACUACAGCCACUGGAGAAAAGCUCUAUAGCCGGGCGGCAGUCCUCGCGAUGGGUGCUGGCGGAGCAGGGAUCCAGAAAAUCUUCCCAUGGAAGCCGUCCACUGUGGCUGAAGGGGCCGAUGCCUGUUGUCACAGCAUGGAAAUCAAAGCCUUCCCCGACGCUCGCGUACAAGCUAAGAUUCAGCAAAGAAAGGAGACAAAUAUCGUCGUCGUGGGAGGUGGACUCUCAUCCGCUCAGAUCCUCGACAUGGCUGUGAAAAAAGGUGUCACCAAAGUUUGGCUCCUGAUUCGAUCGGAAUUCAAAGUCAAACACUUUGAUAUCAGCUUGCCUUGGAUGGGAAAGUAUAAAAAUUGGGAAAAAGCGGCUUUCUGGUCAGCAGAUACCGAUGAAGAACGGCUGGAGAUGAUCAUAAAUGCUCGAAAUGGUGGAAGCAUUACUCCACGAUACACCAAGAUCGUCAAGGAGCAUGUCGCUCGCCAUCGAGCAUCGGUCCACACUCAUUCGGAGAUCGUCUCGCACUCCUACAAUCCCGAAACGAAACUGUGGACACUGCGCACCGAUCCGCCUAUCCCUCAUUUGCCCCCAAUUGACUACAUCUACUUUGCGACAGGAGCCCGGUCCGAUAUCCGUGAAAUGCCACUGCUGAGGAACAUGCACGAUCGGUACCCCAUCGACACCAUCGGCGGUUUACCCCGUCUCACGGAUGAUCUCAUGUGGCGUGAUGAUGUACCAUUGUACAUUACAGGGCGACUAGGGGGUCUGCGACUCGGUCCUGGGGCUCCCAAUCUCGAAGGUGCCAGGCUUGGUGCGGAAAGGAUCGCCUGGAGCUUAGAGGAGAUCCUUGGCAAAGAUCAAGAGAUUGGGGACCAGUGCGAGGGGUUCUGUGGACUGGGAAACAGGUAUGCUUCGCUGAUCGGAAGUGUGGAAGGAGGAAACGAGAAAUAA